AUGCGAACCGCGCGCCGGAUGGGCCUGCCGAUCACAGCCGACGCCGAAGACCACAAGAAGGAGGAGGAGAGGAGCCAGAAACCGAAAGACGAGCCGACAAUAAGCCGAACCGGGAAAGAAGAACAGGAAGUACCAUAUCAGAACGUGGACAAAGAAGAGCUUCACAUGAUCGAGCAACCUCGGUUGUUUAAACAGUCGUCCACGAUCAGUGUCAGAACUCGGAAGGAUAUGAAAAAUGAUGACGGGCAUAUUACGACGGGAAAUGUUGCACUGGACAAUUUACAGAUCAAGGAGAACGCACUGAGUGAACUGGAUCUACCUUUCAGAGUAAAGGCUGGACAAAUCGAUAAGCUGACCUUGAAGAUUCCCUGGAAGAAUUUGUAUGGAGAAGCCGUAGUUGCAACUCUAGAAGGCUUGUAUCUUCUGGUUGUCCCUGGGGCAAGCAUUAAAUAUGAUGCAGAAAAAGAGGAAAAGUAUCUGCAGGCUAGUAAGCAAAAGGAUCUGGCAAGAAUCGAAGACGCCCUGCAGAAAGCAGCAGAGAAAGACAAACCAAAGGAAGAGAAGAAAGACACUUUUCUGGAAAAACUUGCCACGCAGGUCAUCAAAAACGUCCAAGUCAAAAUCACGGGAAUCCAUAUCAAGUACGAGGAUGAUAUCACAGACCCCUGCCGACCCCUUUCUUUUGGAAUGACUCUGGGCGAGCUGAGCUUGCUGACCGCUAAUGAAAACUGGGCUCCUUGCAUUCUAAACGAGGCUGCAAAAAUCAUAUAUAAGUUGUUACGUCUCGACUCCCUCAGUUUCUACUGGAAUGUGGACAGUGAACUGUAUUAUCGUUCUUCCCGGGAACAAAUACUGGAGCAGCUGAAAAGAGGAGUCCCUUCGGUCAGCCAAGAACCUCGAAACUAUCAGUACAGUAAGUGUGCGUACCUUAGUAUAAUCGAUUUUCUGGAGUCCGUUGAUUAUAUGGUACGGAACGCCCCUUACCGAAAGUACAGACCGGAUUUGCCGCUGCACAAGAAUGCUAGAAAAUGGUGGAACUAUGCAAUAAAUAGUAUUCUUGAGGUCCAUAUCAGGAGGUGUGCCCACAUGUGGUCGUGGAGUAACAUAAGGCAACAUAGGCAACUUCUGAAAUGUUACAAAAAUGUUUAUAAAAACAAGCUGACUCAGGCAAAAGUGUCAGAAGAAACACAGAAGCAAAUGCAGGAUUUAGAAAAAAAUCUAGACGUCUUCAAUAUCGUUUUAGCACGGCAGCAAGCACAAGUCGAGGUUAUAAGGUCGGGACAAAAGUUACUGAGGAAGAAGUCCACUGAUGCAGAGAAAAAAGGAGGCGGUUGGUUUAGUGGACUGUGGGGCAAGAAGGAGUCUAAGAAAAAAGAAGACGAAGAAGAGCUGUCCGUUCCUGAAACGAUCGAUGACCUCAUGACGCCAGAAGAGAAGACGAAGCUUUUCACUGCCAUUGGCUAUAGUGACAGUUCUCAUAAUCUUGCGUUGCCCAAGAAGUAUGUUGCCCGUGUGAUGUCUCUGAAGCUGUUAAGUACUUCCUUCACGAUUAAAGAAGACAGAAAUACUCCAGACACUCUUAAGAUCCAGAUUAUUGAUUUAAGCACUAAAAUAUCACAGAGGCCAGGAGCACAAGCCCUUAAGGUAGAAGCGAAGUUGGAACACUGGUACGUGACAGGCCUGAGGCAGCAGAAAGUGGUGCCUUCUCUCGUUGCUUCGAUUGGGGAUGCCGGAUCGUCUCUGCUCAGAAUAGAGUUCGAAACAAACCCAGAAGACAGCGCAGCUGACCAGAGUGUUGUAGUGGAGUCGCAGCCUGUGGAAAUAAUAUAUGACGCGAGAACAAUCAACGCAAUGGUCGAAUUCUUCCAGACAAGCAGAGGCAUGGAUCUGGAACGCCUGACCACAGCCACGCUAUCGAAGCUGGAGGAAAUUAAAGAGAAGACGGCUACAGGGCUUACGCACAUCAUUGAAACUCGAAAAGUUCUCGACCUGAGGGUUAACCUUAAACCUUCUUACCUUCUGGUUCCGCAGACGGGCUUCCACCACGAAAAGUCAGAUUUUCUUAUUCUGGACUUUGGAGAAGACUGGAAGAAGGCUCGGUUUGAGCAUCCGUCCACCCUGCACGUGCUGCAGCCCAUGGACAUGCGCAUACAGCUUGCCAAGGCGAUGGUGGAGAAGGAUAUCAGGAUGGCAAAGUUCAAAGUAUCGGGAGAGCUUCCUUUGGUUCACCUGAGAAUUUCUGACCAGAAGAUCAAGGGCGUGUUUGAACUCAUUGACAGCAUUCCCCUUCCGCAGAAGGCGGCCGUUUCAGCUCCAAGUACAAAAGCCCCUGCCAUCCCUGCCAUCGCUGAUAAAAGAAAUGGCUUUCUUGGCACAUCGCUGUUGUUGGAAGGGGUAGAAUCAGAAUCUGAGGAGGAGUACUUCGACGCCACCGAGGGCUCCAAAUCUCCGGAAAAGAGUCCUGCUAAACGAAGAGCAAUAAAGACCGAAGCGGAGACCGUUCAGGAGGAGCUCACAGACCUUCAGCUGAAGUUCGAGAUCAGGGAGGUGAUUUUGGAACUCACCAAGCAACUGCAGAGAGAGGAGACCAUAGUUAUGUUUAACGUAAAGCAGCUCGGAACAGAAGCGACUGUCAGGACCUACGACUUGAAAGCCGUGUCCUAUUUGAAGAAGAUCAGCCUGGAUUACCAUGACAUUCAAGGUAAAAGGCAGCCUCUCCAUCUGAUCAGUUCUUCGGAUAAACCUGGAUUAGAUCUCUUAAAAGUGGAAUACAUCAAAGCCAAUAAACAUGGUCCAAAAUUCCAUACGGAUUUUGACAACACCGAACAAACCGUUCAGGUGGCUUUCUCCUCCUUAAACCUUCUGCUGCACACGCAGGCCCUCCUCUCAACGAUAAACUUUCUCAUGGCUGUCAUUCCUUCAAGUGGCUUAGGAGCUGCCGAUGCAGGGCUGCCACCAGCACAGGAAGAAAAAGAGCACACGGAUGCUGGCUCGAAGAAAGUAUCCUUUGGUAAUGCUUUUGGCUUGAAUAAAGACAAGGACGUGUUUGACUUCAAGCUGUUUGCCAAGUUGGACGCCUUCUAUUUGAAUGUUUGUGACGAGAAGAGCAAUAUUGCUGAAAUAAAAAUUCAAGGUCUUGACUCAUCUCUAUUUCUUCAGUCCAGCCAAACUACCCUGUUUGCGCGGCUGAAAGAUAUAAUUGUUACAGAUGUUGAUUCAAGGACAAUUCAUAAAAAGGCUGUUUCCAUAGUUGGUGAUGAAGUCUUCAGCUUCAACUUGGCACUGUACCCAAAUGCUACGGAGGGAGACGCUUACACAGACAUGUCCAAGGUGGAUGGGACAGUGUCUCUCAAAGUGGGCUGUAUUCAGAUUGUGUAUCUGCACAAGUUCCUUAUGGCACUUCUGAACUUCCUGAGCAACUUCCAGGUGGCCAAAGAGGCCUUGAGCGCCGCUACCGUCCAAGCGGCGGAAAAAGCAGCCACGAGCGUGAGGGACUUGGCCCAGAGGAGCUUCCGACUCUCCAUGGACAUCCACCUGAAGGCUCCUGUCAUCCUCAUCCCGCAGUCUUCAGUGUCUCACAACGCUGUCGUCGUCGACCUGGGGCUGAUCAGGGUCCAGAACAAGUUCAGCUUGGUUUCGGCCGAGGGCUGUUUGCUCCCGCCGGUGAUGGACAGAAUGGAUGUGCAGCUGACAAAGCUGAAGAUGGCCAGGACUUGCUUGCAGCCAGGCUUUUCCCAGCCUGACAUCCAAAUCCUGCAUCCGAUUAACCUGAACCUUUCUGUGAACCGCAACCUGGCUGGAACAUGGUAUCACAAAAUACCCAUGAUGGAAAUCAAAGGAUAUCUAGAUAAGAUGAAUAUUAUCCUAAGUCAAGAGGAUUUGAAUGUUCUGCUUAAGGUACUGACAGAAAACCUUGCUGAAGCAAACAAAAACGUAAGCGAGGUGAAACCAAGGACACCGAGUGAAGGCAGUUUGAAAGAAUCACCGGUAUCACUGGGCAUUCACAAAGAGACCCCAUCGGGAAGUAAAUUGUUGGCCACAUCGAAAGAAGCUUUGCAGGAAGAUAUUACCAGCGUGCUGCUUAACUUUGAAAUCAAAGAGGUUGUAGUACAACUAACAAAGCAGGUGGAAAAGAAGAGUGUCCCUAUGCAUACUUUAGCAGUGUCGCAGCUGGGAACCGAAGGCAGAAUUAGAACGCAUGACAUGUCUGCUACAGCGUACCUAAAGAAAAUCACCAUGAAGUGCCUUGAAUUUAAAGACUCCAAAGGAGAUCCACUGAAUAUUCUUAAUUCUUCUGCUGAAGCUGAUGAGCAUCUUCUAAAGAUGGAAUAUAUAAAGGCUGAUGAAGAUGGGCCACACUUUGCAACAGUUUACAAAAGUACAAAGCAAGCGCUAGACGUGUCCUUUUCGUCUUUAGAUCUCCUCCUGCACACGGAGGCCUUGCUUUCCAUCAUGAAUUUCGUCACGUACAGUGUGGCGUCCAGCAGUCCUACAUCCGCCGAGAAGGAAGCAGAAGCAAAGCUGCCGUCCGAGGAGCCCAAAACAGCUGCUGCCAAACCAGCUCCCUCUGCCGUGGUCCACGACAAUGUGUGCGACUUGAAGCUCACUGCCAAGCUGAACGCCUUCAACGUUUUGGUCUGCGACCAGAAGACCGAUACUGCCGAUAUACGAAUACAAGGUAUGGAGGCAUCUGUUUCUGCCAAGACCAAGGAGACUAACAUUUUUGCCCGGCUUCGGGACUUCAUAGUGACAAACGUCGAUCCGAAGACAGUUCAUAAAAAGACCGUCUCCAUAGUGGGAGACGAAGUCUUUCGGUUUGCCAUGUCCCUUUAUCCCGAUGCCACCGAGGGAGAAGCUUACACGGAUAUGUCCAGAGUAGACGGUAAGAUGUCGCUGAAGGUGGGCUGCAUUCAGAUCGUCUACCUGCACAACUUCUUCAUGUCGCUGCUGAACUUCCUGAACCACUUCCAAGCCGCGAAAGAAGCCCUGAGCGCAGCCACGGCCCAGGCGGCAGAAAAGGCCGCGUCCAGCAUGAAGGACUUUGCCCAGAAGAGCUUCCGCCUCUCCAUGGACAUCAACCUGAAAGCGCCGGUGAUCAUUGUCCCUCAGUCGUCCGUCUCGCACAAUGUCUUGGUGGCGGAUCUCGGCUUGAUCACGGUGAAGAAUGAAUUUAAGCUGGUCUCCGGGGGAGAAUCUGCUCUCCCCCCAGUGAUUGACAAGUUGGAUGUACAGCUCACUCACUUGAAGCUCUCCAGGACGAUAGCAGCCAGUGGUUCCCAGCCCGACGUUGAAAUUCUGCAGCCUGUAAACCUGCUGUUGUCAGUCCAGAGAAAUCUGGCAGCCGCUUGGUAUCCAGAGAUUCCGGGGGUUGCAGUCAAAGGAGAUUUGAAGAGUAUGCAGAUAGCUCUCAGUCAAGAUGACUUAACUCUGCUGAUGAAAAUCUUGCUGGAAAAUCUUGGGGAAGCUGCUGCACAAUCAAGAGUGACCCAUCCAGCCACACCGGCGAGCCCAAUGUUAAAAAGGGGCAAAAUCGAGGCUGAAGCUGGUGUUCGUGAAGGCUUCACAAACCUGGUUGUCAUCGAUAUUGUAGAGAAUGACAGAAAGCGACUCAAAGUCAAAAAAUCCACGCUUUCGCUCCACGAUAAUAGUUUGCGUCUCGGAGAACUCAGGCUGGACCUUAUGAAAUCAGCAGGGAAAAUGUUUUCGGAUGGCUCCAUGGAUGUUAACACGACGCUGAAAAAAUGUACCCUGGACGAUCUCAGAGAAGGGAUCCAGAGAGCUACAUCCAGGAUGAUAGAUAAGAAGGAUGACCAAAGCAAUAAUGUCAUGAUUAGAAUCGACUACAAGCAAGACAGAAGUGGGAGCAACGUUGUGGCCGUCCUGGACAAGCUUUACUUGUGCGCCAGCAUAGAGUUCCUACUGACAGUAGCGGAAUUCUUCCUCAACUCUGUGCCCGCGGACUCUCCCGAGGGGCCUGCCCAGAUCCAUUUGAAGCACCCGGUGCCUGGGAAGCUUCGGCCGGGAAAAGAUGGGACUCCGCGGUCGAGCAUGAAGAUAAAAGCAUGCGUCACGGACCCGGAAAUCGUGUUUGUCGCCAACCUGACCAAGGCCGACGCUCCUGCCUUAGCCGCUUCCUUCGAGUGUGACUUCUACCUGUCCGCGGGCCCCCAGACUCAGGACAUGUGUGCAGAAGUGAAGGCCCUCAGAGUGCUGGCUUGCCCGUUCCUCCGGAAGAAGGGAGAGAAGAACGUCACAACCGUCCUCCAGCCGUGUUCCCUGAAAGCCACAGUACACACUUCCGAAGAACAGAAAGUGUUUGUGAUAAUGGACGAAUUUAUCGUAAAGGUUUCGCCCAUCAUUCUCAAUACUGUUGUAACCAUUAUGGCUGCCAUGAAACCGAAGCCGAAGGAGGAGGAGUCCGCAAUCACAGCUUGUAACGUAGGGAACCUUUGGGACACGAGGUCUAUCGACCAGUGCCACUCGUGGUUUCUCGGUGUCGACGCAGCCACAGAAGUCACCGAAUCAUUCCAAGGAAGUGAGCAGGUUGUGAAACUGCAGCACCUUGAUUUCCAGGUGAAGUCCGUCCAGAUCACCUUGGAGUGUGGCUCGGGACAUCGUACCAUCCCCCUCCUGUUAGUGGAGUCCACGUUGGUAGGAAGGGCAAAGAACUGGUCUUCUCUUAUGACUGCCCGAGCUGACGUAACAUUGGAGGUUCACUACUACAACGAGAUUUAUGCAGUUUGGGAACCCCUGAUCGAGCGGGUUGAGAAGGGGAGUCGUCAGUGGAACUUAAAGUUUAAAAUGAAGACUCAUCCUGUGCACGAUAAAAGUCUGUUGCCGGGAGAUGACUUCAUUAUUCUUCCUGAGCCGCAAACGUCCAUCAGCAUCUCUUCGAAGGAUGUCAUGAACAUCACCCUGUCGAAGUGCUGCCUUGCUGUCUUAAACAACCUAGCCAAGGGGUUUUCAGAAGGAACAGCCUCCACGUACGACCAUUCUUUAAAAGACAGGGCUCCUUUUACCGUGAGAAAUGCCUUGGGCAUUCCCCUCAAAGUCCACACGAGCAGAAAUCUCCAGGUCAUGGGAUUGGCUUCGAGCAAAGAUGAUAUCUAUGAUGUAGGAGUCGGUCAGAAGUUGGGGCUGGAAUACGCCGCCCUGGAGCCCCUGCACCGAGGGAAGCUGUCGGUCUUCUAUCGCCAAGAGAGCUCCACGUUCACUUUGGCUCUCGUGCCUCAGGACUACACGGAAGUGGCAAAUAUCCCCAUAACGAAACCAGGGCGAAGGCUGCACAACGUCAGAAACCCUUUCCUCGACCAUUCCGACUCCGUUCUGGUACAGAUCGACGCAGAGGAAGGAAACAAAGUUGUCACUAUACGCUCCCCUCUGCAGAUCAAGAACCACUUCUCUGUCCCGUUCAUCAUUUACAAACUGGUGAAGAACGUUAAGCAGCUGGAGCCCAUCGGCAUAGCCAAACCCGACGAGGAGUUCCAUGUCCCGUUAGAUUCGUACAGGUGUCACCUGUUCGUGCAGCCGGCCGGGCACUUAAAGGGCCAGUACACUCCGUCCACUACCUACAUCGCGUGGAGAGAGGAGCUCCACAGGAGCACUGAAGUCAAAUGCAUGCUGCAGUGCCCGUCAACCGAAACCAACUUCCUCCCUUUAAUCCUGAACACGGCUGCGGUGCCCGACGAGCUGACUUUCAUCGCCACCCAUGGGGAGAACUGGGAUCCGGCCUACAUCAUCCAUCUGUAUCCGACGGUCACCAUGCGGAACCUCCUCCCCUACUCCUUACGAUACCUGCUGGAGAGGACAGCAGAGGCCCACGAGCUGCCGGAAGGGAGCACCGCCGACAUUCUCCAUUCACGAUUCAGCGGUGAAAUACUGGAGCUCGUCCUGGUAAAAUAUCAGGGCAAAGACUGGAACGGCCACAUCCGCCUCAAGGACGGUCUGCCAGAAUUCUUUCCCGUGUGCUUCACGUCGAACUCUGCAGAUACGACCACAGUGGACGUGCACAUUCAUAUCAGGAGAGUUGGCUGCCGGGUGGUCCUGUCGGUGUUCAGUCCUUACUGGCUCAUCAACAAGACGUCCCGUGUCCUCCAGUACCGGGCUGAAGACAUGCACGUGAAACACCCUGCAGAGUACAGGGAUAUCAUCUUGUUCUCCUUCAAGAAGAAAAAUAUUUUCAGUAAAAACAAGAUCCAGUUAAGCAUUUCAACCAGUACAUGGUCCAGUGGCUUCUCUCUAGAUACAGUAGGAAGUUAUGGCUGUGUGAAGUGCCCAGCGAACGCGAUGGAUUUUCUGGUCGGCGUUAGCAUCAAAAUGAGCAGUUUCAACCUGACCCGGAUAGUCACUUUGACUCCGUUCUACACCAUUGCCAACAAGUCUUCCUUUGAAUUGGAAGUAGGAGAGGUGGCCGCUGACGGAUCACUGCCUACGAAUAAGUGGACUUAUUUCUCAGCUUCAGAGUGCCUUCCGUUUUGGCCCGAAAACUUGUCCGGCAAGCUGUGCAUCAGAGUGAUCGGCUACGGGAGGGUGUCCAAGCCGUUCUUCUAUAACACACAGGACAACGGGACUUUGCUGAGCCUGGAGGAGCUGAACACAGGCAUUCUGGUCGACGUGAAUGUGUCGGAUCAUUCAACAGUUAUUAACUUCUCCGACUAUCACGAGGGGGAUGCUCCCGCUCUGAUCAUAAACCAUACACCCUGCGUUACCCUCAACUACCGGCAAAGUGGGUUACAGGAAGAGACGCAGCUAAAACCACGGGAGGUGAAGUUGUUUGCCUGGGCAGACCCCACCGGAACUAGGAAACUAACCUGGACAUAUGCACAAACAGUUGGCGAACAUGACCUUCUUAAGGACGAGUGCGGUCAGUUUCCUUACAACUCCAACACCCAGAUCCACUGGGUCUCUUUCCUGGAUGGGCGUCAGAGGGUGCUGCUUUUCACGGACGACGUUGCCUUAGUUUCCAAAGCGCGGCAAGCUGAGGAGAUGGAACAACCCGAUCAAGAAAUAACCGUGUCUCUUCAUAGCCUCGGGCUUUCCCUGGUCAACAAUGAAAAUAAACAAGAAAUCUCUUACAUAGGGAUUACCAGCUCAGGAGUGGUCUGGGAAUUCAAACCAAAGCAGAGGUGGAAGCCGUUUAACCAAAAACAGAUCAGCCUGUUGGAGCACGCGUAUGAGAAGCAUCUUUCUGGAGGAUAUGCAGAUCCUUCGGGUUGGCUUCGAGUAGACAAUAACCUGGAGGUAAACUUCAACAAGAUGCCAAUGGAAAUGCGCCUUCCUGCCAGGUGCAACAUCAAGCGAGAUUUCUUAUCCGGCAUCCAUAUUGAAUUCAAACAAUCCCCUCAUCAGCGGAGCUUACGGGCCCAGUUAUACUGGCUGCAGGUCGAUAACCAGUUGCCCGGCUCAAUGUUUCCUGUUGUCUUCCAUCCUGUCGCUCCUCCCAAAUCCAUAGCCUUGGAUUCAGAACCAAAACCGUUCAUCGACGUUAGCAUCAUCACUAGAUUCAACGAGUACAGUAAAGUGUUGCAGUUCAAAUAUUUCAUGGUUCUCAUCCAAGAGAUGGCGCUGAAAAUAGACCAAGGAUUUUUAGGAGCUGUGAUUGGAUUUGCCACUCCAUCUACAGACCCAGAAGCUGAGAGACAGAAGACAAAGUUGAUUCAAAAGGACAUAGAUGCUCUUAACACAGAGUUGAUGGAGUCAUCCAUGACGGACAUGUCCACCCUUAGCUUCUUCGAGCACUUCCAUAUUUCUCCCGUGAAGCUACAUCUGAGCCUUUCUUUGGGCGCUGGAGGAGAAGAAUCCGACAAAGGCAAAGAGGAGAUCGCCAUACAUUCUGUUAACCUGCUGCUGAAGAGCAUUGGGGCCACUCUGACAGAUGUGGAUGACCUUAUAUUCAAGCUGGCCUUCUUCGAAAUCAAGUACCAGUUUUACAGAAGGGAUCAGUUGAUGUGGAAAGUCAUCACACACUAUAGUGAACAAUUCUUGAAGCAGAUGUACGUGUUGGUGCUGGGCUUGGACGUCCUGGGAAAUCCCUUUGGCUUAAUCAGAGGCUUGUCGGAGGGCGUGGAGGCUUUCUUCUAUGAGCCUUUCCAGGGGGCUGUCCAAGGACCCGAGGAGUUUGCCGAGGGCUUUGUGAUCGGAGUCCGAAGUCUGCUGGGUCACACCGUGGGUGGAGCGGCAGGCAUGGUGUCUCGGAUCACCGGCUCAGUCGGAAAGGGCCUGGCCGCCAUCACCAUGGACAAGGAGUACCAGCAGAAGAGGAGAGAGGAGAUGGGCCGUCAGCCCAAGGACUUCGGGGACAGCCUCGCCAAAGGAGGGAAAGGCUUUCUGAGAGGCGUUGUCGGGGGAGUAACUGGGAUCGUCACAAAGCCCAUGGAAGGUGCCAAAAAGGAAGGCGCGGCUGGCUUCUUCAAGGGCAUCGGGAAGGGCCUGGUCGGCGUGGUGGCACGCCCCACCGGGGGCAUCAUCGACAUGGCCAGCAGCACAUUCCAAGGGAUCCAGAGGGUGGCAGAGUCUACGGAAGAAGUGACACCACUCCGGCCCCCUCGCCUGAUUCGCGAAGACGGCAUCAUCAGGCCCUACGACAGAGGAGAAGCCGAGGGGUACGAUUUAUUUGAGCAAGAACUGGAUUAGGAGUCUGCCGCUUCUGUCCUCUUUUCCCGAUUGUGUUUCAGCACCUUGAUCUGCUAUGGUUUCUCUCCCCCCACCCGCUCCUUAGCAUUAAGGGCAUGGUUUCAUUAGUCCAUUUCAUUCAGUGUCUUCCCCCAGAGCCUUUAGCUGUCACUGAUACAGAGUUCAAAAUUGCCUGUCUUCUAUAAUACUAUAUAAAAGCCAAGGCGUGCUGGCGACGACUCACCUACUCCCCCAUUGGCCACUGGGGAAGCUGCCUUGGCGUCCUAUUGGCCUGUCCCACUGGCUGCUCCAUUCUUACA